AGAUGUGAUUGGAUGAUAAGAUUUUUAUGUGAGGAAGAAAGUUUUGUGACAAACCAAUUCAAACCAUAAAGACCUUUCAGCUCCAGCGACAAAAAAUCAGUCCUCCAAGAAAUCAGGAAUCAUGAAACACGUUGUCCUGUUUCACUUGCUGCUCCUGUUUGGAAUGUAUUCAGCCCAAAAUUAUCAAAAUGUGGCUUUACGUGGCAGAGCCACUCAAUCUCAGCGCUACCAGGGAGCAGAAUGGGGUGGUUUUGGAGCUGCUUCUAACGCCAUUGAUGGGAACAGAAAUUCUGCCUUCCAAGACGGAUCUUGCAGCCACACUGAAAGGCAGUCCAACCCCUGGUGGAGAGUGGACCUGCUGGACUCGUACGUCGUCACCCAGGUCAUCGUCACCAACAGAGGAGACUGCUGUGAAGAAAGGAUCAACGGAGCAGAGAUUCACAUCGGAAACUCUCUACAAGGCAAUGGCAUUGAAAACCAACUAGCUGCUACAAUCUCCUCCAUUCCAAGUGGGGCCUCUAAAGCAAUAAAUAUUCCUAACCGCGUUGAGGGACGUUAUGUCACUAUUGUAAUACCUGGAUCAGAAAAGUAUCUGACCCUCUGUGAAGUGGAGAUCUAUGGGUACCGCGCCCCAACAGGUGAGAACCUUUCUCUUCAAGGCAGAGCCUCACAGUCAUCACUGCACAGUGUUUAUCUUCCAUACAAUGCCAUUGAUGGGAAUCGUGGCAACCAGUUGAUUAAGGGGUCCUGCUCACAAACAUCAAACGACUUCAACCCCUGGUGGCGAUUGGAUCUGCGCAAAACGCGUAAAGUGUUUUCCAUAAAAGUCGUCAACUAGGAUUCAGCUGAAGAACGACUCAACGGAACCGAGAUCCGCAUCGGAGAUUCUCUUGACAACAAUGGCAACGACAAUCCCAGAUGUGGUGUGAUCACAGUUUCUCCAGGAAAGAGUCUUUAUGAGUUUGACUGUAACGGGAUGGAGGGACGCUACGUAAACAUCAUCAUCCCCGGCAGGACCGAGUACCUUACGCUUUGUGAGGUUGAGGUUUACGGCUCCACGCUGGAAUAAAGCCUGCAGUGGCAACAAGUUGCUGUUUUGGGUUACAACUUGCAACAUAGCAAACAGCAACACAAAACAACUGUAUUAUUCUGCUUAAUAAAAAGGCUAUUAAUUUUACUUAAAAUAUUCUUUUGCUAUUUUAUUUCUAAAACAAAUGGGAUUUAUAUGGGUCAUGUUUGUUAGAAAGAAAAAAACUUUGAAACUGAAAAAAAGCUGUUUUGUCAAUUUGAGCUCUUUGCAGAAACAUGAACUGAGGAUAGAUACACAAAACAGUCAAGCACUUACUGACCUAUCCAGUCAGUGAAGAAUUGUCUAUCUUCAACAAAGAGAGAUAUAUAAUCCUUCCCAAGACAGCAAACAUUGUCCUAUAAAUAACACAACAUACAGACACUUUUGCAUUUGAAUAUCUGCAGUGAGCCAGGAU